CAGGGAAGCAGUCUUCUGAUCACUACACAGAAGACCAGUCUAAUCAGAAGGCAGAGCCUGUGUAGAGGGUGAUCCCUGUUCUGGUGUAUUCAGUAGGGGUGUCCUCUACAUCUUUCCAUGGUCCGGAUGAAGAAACUUAAUUGUUUCUGGACAUUAGGUCUAUGUUUGGUAGCCAGCAAACUUUCCAAGGCAUCGAUCAAUCCCCCCAGGGUGCCAUCUAUCUAUGACCCAAAAUUUAUACACGAGGUUGUCGACAGCCAUAAUGAUCUUCGAAGAAAGGUCAACCCCCCGGCAGCCAAUAUGAAUUACCUGAUUUGGGAAAAGGAAUUUGCAAAACUGGCCAAAUCAUGGAGUAAAAACUGCAAAUAUUCCCAUAAUCCCUGUUUAAGAAACCGAUAUGGAUGUGUUGAGGGUUAUGACUUUCUUGGAGAAAAUAUGUAUUUAGGUAAAAUAGAAAUUACACCAAAGGAAGCUAUUUCUUUUUGGUAUAAUGAAAGUCAAUAUUAUAAUUUUGAGACUAUGACCUGUUCUAAAUCUUGUGGCCAUUAUACACAGUUAGUUUGGGCCAAUUCAGUUAAAGUUGGAUGUGCACUUUCAAACUGUCCUAAUCUGAUGGGAACUUCAACUGCACUAUUUUUUUGUAAUUAUUCACCACGAGGAAAUGAGAACAAUACCAGUCCUUACAUAAAAGGAGAAUCCUGCUCCAAGUGUCCCACAAAUGACUGCAAAGAUAAGCUCUGCCGUAAGCAAAAAGGGAAAAAUAGUAACAUCAUAUUUAGAUCGUAG